CAAUCACAGCAAAGUUAACGUGGCAGAAUAUGAUUCGCAGAGAGAACUCUAUUUGUCAAGGAAUCCCGAAACAACCAAUCAGAAGCCUGCGUUUGUCUACCUAGACAACCAAUCAGAUGACUGCGCUUGUCUAUAAUAAUGUUGUCUGAAAUAUGUAUAAAUACGUGUUGAUUUUCAUAAUAAAACGAUCUGUUGCCUGGCCCUUGUCUUCUGUUGUUACAUUUGGUGUCGCUGCCUACCGACAAAUGAAAAGCCGAUACCCUGCAGUUUUUGAUGGAGACAUAUGGAUCUUCGGGCAGGACUUCAAGGCUUCUGCGCAGUUGAGUGGCGUUCAAGAUCUGUCAGCGAUGGAGCUGCUACUUGAGACGCUGCUGGGAGGUCGGGCGAAAGCAGCAUAUGUAGGUGUGGGCCGAAGUAUGGACGAAUGUUCGACAGGGUCAGGCAAACAGUUUCCAAAGUGGGAAGGACCAUAUAUGGUCACUUCGAGAUGGGGUUACGCAGACACAGUCGCAAUGGCGAACAAUGAGAGGCGCGUGAACGUCAGCGAGCUCCAGAAAUGGAUACAGCGAGACAAGCCAACGAUGACGCCUGCACCAAGUAGAUCAAGCCGACUUCAGUCGCACGUAUUUGACGGGGGGACGAGUGUGGUGAGAGCAGGCUGCUAGCCGAUUGGUUGGCACUAAUCUACGUUAAGGUCUAGGUCACUAAUAUGGGCCGUGAGAGAAUAUGAACAAGCCUGAGUCAACAACCAAUCACAGCAAAGUUAACGUGGCAGAAUAUGAUUCGCAGAGAGAACUCUAUUUGUCAAGGAAUCCCGAAACAACCAAUCAGAAGCCUGCGUUUGUCUACCUAGACAACCAAUCAGAUGACUGCGCUUGUCUAUAAUAAUGUUGUCUGAAAUAUGUAUAAAUACGUGUUGAUUUUCAUAAUAAAACGAUCUGUUGCCUGGCCCUUGUCUUCUGUUGUUACA